CUCGCACGCCGCGUACCCGAUAUUGUCUUUCUGGGCUGGGCCCCGGUCAAAGAUUUCUGGAUAGCUAUUCUGCCACGGAAAACGCAAUGAUAUGGCUUCACUGAGUUGACGCAAUACCGCGGUUCCGAGCCUCGGGUCCCCUCCUGGUUCCGUUAAAUCGCGUCGCUCGUUUUCCGCAUCGCAGAAAAAAAAGGCGCGAAACAAAGAAUAGCGCUCGAGGGGAAAAGAUAAUGAGAGGGCGAGGGCGUCGAGUCGGCGGGAGAGCGCGAGUGGCAAGCGCGCCCGCGACCUUGGCUCGUAGUACGUAGCAGCGGCGGAAGCAGCACCACAGCGGGCGACUCGGAGGCCCGAUUCGCGCGAUCCGCGCUUCACUCGCUCGGCGCUAGCGUGCUCCGAAGGCCGUCAGAACCGCCUGGAAUCAGCGGUGCCGGUGCCACUUGACGGGGAGCGGUGCGUGUGGCAGGGGGCCGGCAGUCAUGAGCGGCUACGUCGGUGAUCUCUCGGCCUCGCAGCAAGCCGCGCUUGACCGGUUCCGGAAAAGAGUGUCCGAUGUCACCAAGCCGGAACACACCGACCACUUCCUGCUCAGGUGGCUGCGAGCGCGGGAGUUCGAUGAAGUCAAGGCGGAGCACAUGCUGCGAGAGAGCAUGGCCUGGAGGAAGAAAGUGGGUGCCGACACCAUCGUCGCCGACUACCAGCCUUCAGAGCUCUUCCUCAAGCACUUCCCGGGCGGCUUCUUGGAAUGCUCGCCAGAAGGACAUCCCUGCUACCUGCUGCCUAUCGGAAGCGUAGACAUCAAAGGCUUUCUGGAGUUGGUCCCGGCGGAGGACAUCAAACGACACACCCUGUAUUUGCUCGAGAAUUUGAUGGAUCGCCUCAAGCGCAGCACGACGCAGAAAAAGAAAGUGAUGGAGACUGUCUUCUUCAUCGCCGACUUUGAGAACUUCACGCUGCGGCAGAUCUACUCGUGGCAAGUCGUCACCUUGCUGACGGACAUGCUGAAGGCCUACGAGGACAACUACCCGGAGAUUCUCGAAAAAGCUUACGUCAUCAACGCGCCAGGCUUCUUCCCACUUCUCUGGAAGUUCAUCCGACCCUUCCUGACACAGCGCACGGUCGAAAAGGUGGCCAUCUAUGGCACAGACGAUUGGAAGAAGGGCCUCAUGGAGCGUUUCGAUCCUGACUUCAUGCCGCAGCACUGGGGCGGAAACAUGGUGGGACCGGACGGAGAUCCUCGUUGUCCUCACCUGGUGCGCCCCGGCGGCGAAGUUCCGGCCUCGUUCAGGGAGGAACUGGCCAAGCGGCGGCUUUCGCGCGAGGCGGGCGCGUCCGUGCAACGCAUCGAGCGCCGUUCCCGCUGGGAGCUGCCCAUGCGCGUGGCGCGGUCCGGCGAGCGACUGUCCUGGAGCUUCCAGACGGCCACGGGGGACUUGUCCUUCGGCAUCCGCUACGAGCCUCCGUUCGGGAGCGGCGGGGUCGGCGAGUACCUGAUCGAGCCGCAGAGGUUGCCCUCCUGCAGCCUGGUGGCCGAGCGCGGACUCCUCGUCUGCGAUAAACCCGGAACAUACGUCCUGGAGUUCGACAACUCUUACAGCUGGGUCAACAGCAAGACCUUGGCCUAUAUCGUCGAAGUCCUGCCACCGCAAGACGAGAACGGACUUGAUUCGUCGUCGCUUUAAUGGACUGUCUACAUUACUGUCACAUAGCAAAAUCGAGAGUGACCUAGCUCUACGAACGAAAACGCAGAGAGGGCCAUCGCCCGAAGCAUACUGCGGCCACCAAGCCGCCGUGCCACUCUAGCAAUGCAAGGCGGAGCUAUGCAGAGAACGGUGACAUUCGAACUUCGUUGCCGCGCGACAGACGGGCCUGUUCCAUACUGGCGACCUACACAAGAUGACAUUACCGGUGCUUGCACGGUGCCUGGUACUCGUACAAACCACAGUCUUUGUGGCGCAUGGACCUUAAUCAAACUUUCACAAGUGGUGGUGCAGAACUGCUACCAGCGAAUGAGAUUGUUUUUGUGCUUGGUGCUUAGCGGUGCUGAAGACGCACUGCUUCAUAUAGACACUCAAGUACAUAUUCUCUAAAGUCUCCUGGGUGUGCCAGUGGGAAGCUAUCACGUCCAUUCCAUAUCUUUCAGUAUUCAAAUUAUUCGCUACAACGACGCUCAUUUUAGGGGCGCGUUUCUCAAUUUCUGCACUUUUUAUUACUAUGACGGAGUCUCAGUAAAGAUAUUGCACGAAUGCGGGGGUGAUUCAGUUAGAGUUUGAAGAAUGCACCAUAGUAGACCGAACGCUUUGACCAAAGGCUACAAUCCUGUAGCCAGUGAGUACCUAAGGGAACGCUGGCAAAAUACACCGCUGUACUACUCGAAGAAAAUUUGUAUGUAUUACAAAUUGUGGUUUUUGAUAUCCCGAAACUGCACAAUUGGUUAUGGGACACGCCGUAGUGGAGCUCUACGAAUUAUUUUUUUGACCAGCCGGAGUUCUAAACAUGCCCAAGAACACAAGUACACUACUUUUUGCAUUUCGCCCCCAUCAAAGUGCGGCUGCCGUGACAGGGGACUGAACCCGCCACCUCGGGGUCAGCAGCACAAUGCCAUAGCCACUGGGGCAACCGCGGCCACCGCAGCAGGCAAUUUUUAUCGGUUAGCCAGUGAAUUACGUUAGUUUAUUUUUGUGGCGUCAAGUCACGGCGGAGGCAAUGUUCUUUCAAAAGUUGCAUCUCUUGGGAAUGUGUUGCGACGAGCAGGCACGUAGGGCAGCCAUGUAGCGCAGUUUUUCUAGGCCUGACCUGUAAAAGAAUCCAUUAUGGUGUCAUCGAUUAUAAAUGUGGAACUGUUGGAACGAACACUUACCAUGUUAAAAGCUGGCUAAGAACUAGAGAAUGCUAAGCUAGUUUGUUUUUCGUACUUGCGAAGAAUAGCGCGACACACAAUAUGCUUGUGUGUCGGGAUUCUUUCUUGGUCAGCUGUGUGCCGCGCUAUUCUUCGUCACUUAAAAGCUGACACAGCAAUAAAGAAGUGGAUGGGGUGUUGGGGGAGGGGGAGGGGCUAGAAGAAAUAAAUGUGAAUGAAUAUAACAUGCGGACAAAGAAUGCAAGUUAACAUAACACCUUCGCUCAGCGAGCAGGAUCAAAUGCAUACGCCGUGCAAAGGUAAGGAAGACAAGUCACCCACGUUUGUGACUUAAUUUUCAAGCUUUAAUAAACCGCACCGAUAGGAGGGCCUUUACUCUGAUCGGGUCUAAUCAGCGUUAAUGAAUUCCAUCGGAGAUUACACAAACUCGCGAAAAUAGGGUUACGUAUAUAUAUAUAUAUAUAUAUAUAUAUAUAUAUAUAUAUAUAUACGGUACAAUAAGUUACCACCGCAAUUGUUACCGUGCUGCCGUCACACACUAUGUUCUUAAAAAUGAUGGCUAUAGUUUCGCUAUCAGACAGCUACCCGAACGCCCUGGAUGGGUAAACCAUUCCUUAAGCGACUCCAUAUUGCACCUGGCUAAAUGUGAUCAACAGACCUCGGACACAGUCUCAGGCUGGAGUCAUUUUAUUGACGGGCAUUUGUAUUCGUCAGAGCAGCAGUUGUUGCUAACCUGACGAAGAUCAAUUUCCUUGUCGAAAUGUCCUAGCUCCAGCCUGAGAAUUCGACGACCGUUGAUCACUUCAAGUGUCCACCUUCCUGCGAAAUCCUGUCCGGUUUGGAUUUCUAACGGAAUGAUGAACAACCUCAUGUCCCCGUUAUGCUUCAGCAGACCAUAAGAUUAGUCAUCUGAAAGGGCGUUGAUCCGCUUGGACAGAGGCAAAUGUUCGCGAGUGCUGCUUGGGGGAUCCGCGAGCAGUUUAAUAACGCCUCUUAUUUUUUGUGUACGCGUUACACUGCGUGUGAGACCAAAAUAAGACUACUCACUGUCGCGUAAGCCGAUCAAGUGACACUGCCGAACGCUUGUAAUAGUACGCUCUCUGGGUUACGUCAAUAAAAGUAUACGUCCUGCA